AUAGUUGGCGGUGGGACAUCGUUUGUUUAUGUGUGUUCACGCUGUUUGAAACUUUUACACAAUUUGUGAUAGUUGUGUGCCCCAUGGCCGAAAUUGCAACGAAUUUUCCGCCCCAGACGUACUCGUCGUCGUUUUUCCUCAACUCUUUGACUGAUGAUGAGAAAAACACCAACGAGCCGGCGAAAAGACAAGAAAAUACACCCCUUCUGGACUGCCUCAUAACGUUUCUUUCCGGAGAGAAGCGCUCAACAAAAAACGGAACUAAAGCUAAUAAAAAGAAUGGCGAUAAGGAUAUCGAAGUGAGCGAUUUUUGGAAACGGAAGAAGGCAGUUAGGGCCGGAUCGCCGCAUGGGGCCUUCAAGAGAUGGCGUAAAUCCGCGGGGUUGAAAAUUGAGUCGAAAAGUCCCAUCAAUGGAACCAAAGUUGAAAAAAACGGAGAGGAAGACAUGUCACUGCUCAAAUUUUUGGCCAUUAACGCGUUAGACCUCAGCGCCCCCGCCAGUGACGUCCUGUUGAAGAGUCGCAGCAGCAAUUGGUUUCAAUUGAGUGGACACCCCGACAGUUUGGCCCCCGCUGGGCCCGGCACUGUAUGGAAGAAGCGGUCGGGCGAUAUCGACGACACCGAGAGGGGCGUUUACGAGGAGUUGUCGCAGGAUCCGGUCCUGUGCGACAUAAUCCCGAAAUACUACCGCGAGGUGGAGUACCAAGGGGAGAAGUUCAUCGAAUUGCAAGACCUCCUGCACGGCUUCCAGGACCCCUACGUGGUGGACAUAAAGAUGGGCACGCGGACUUUCCUCGAGUCGGAGGUGGAGAAGAAGACGGCGAGGUCGGACCUCUACCAGAAGAUGGUGGCGAUUGAUCCGAGCGCCCCGACCGAGGAGGAGCACAGUCAAAAGGCCGUCACCAAGCUGAGAUAUAUGCAGUUUAGGGAGUUGCAGUCGUCGACGUGCAGUCACGGCUUUAGGAUAGAGGCGAUGAAGUGUCGGGGGUCGCCCCCCGUGACCGAUCUCAAAAAAGUCAAAUCGAGUCAAGAAGUGUUCAAUACGCUGGACAUGUUCCUGGGAGGGCGGGAAGAUGUCAGACAAAGACUGCUCAAAAGACUGUGCGAAAUUAGAAGUAAAAUCGAACAAUCGGACUAUUUUAAGACACGAGAAGUGGUCGGAAGCAGUCUUUUUAUCAUUUACGAUGAUACGAAAGUCGGUGUUUGGUUGAUCGAUUUCGCAAAAACGAAUAAGUUGCCUGAGGGGACGGUGGUCGAUCAUAGGCGGCCGUGGGUGCAGGGGAAUCACGAAGAGGGGUUGUUGUUCGGAUUGGAUCGACUGAUUUCGGUGAUCGAGGAUUUGAAAAUGCCAGAGAAGCGGAAAGGCGAGUUUGAGAAGUCGCUCCCGGCUGUUAGUGUGAAAUCUUGAACAGUUUUCAAAAGUUGAAGAAAUUGUUUGGAAUUGAAACUGGCCCUCUCUGGAACGGAGAUGUGGUCGAUAUUUUUGGGGUACUUUAUGUUGUUGUUCGUGUUGUGGCCCGAAAGGCUUUUGUAUUAAUGUUUUUAUGACAAUUUUCAAGUAUUACAAUGAACAAGUGAUUUAUAAUUUUGUACUUGACUAUUACUUAUUCGUUCUUUCUAGUCAGUGUUCUUUAAUUUAAUUGCUAAUUAUUUAUGUUAUUAUGUUAAGAAAUAAAGUUACCAGCGAAUAAGGGA